GAGGUGUGACGUCACGUGAACUUCCCGUGUCCGUUCCAGCUGAGAGAGAGAGAGAGAGAACGAAGGAGGACGGUCGGACGUGGACGUCGCGCGGCCCAGACACAGACCCAAGCCCGUGCGCCCGUGACUGGAUCCACCGGAUGCACAAAAGUACAGACAGAGAAAGAGGAAACGACCCCUCCUCCUCCUCCCCCGCCCCCCCCGACGGACAGCAGAGCGCGACAGCAGAGAGGAGAGAAACACCAAUACAAGUUGUCAUCUGACCAAGUCAGCCACUGCUUUCGUCGCUGUGUGUGUGUGUUUUUCUGUGGACACCGUGUCUCUUAGGUUGUUUUGUUUUGACGGAGGUUUGCUUUGCAACUGUUUUGGGGUCUUCUUUUUGAACACCGGACCAUUAACUCGGGAGAUUACUCUACAAGUUUUUAAUUGCAACAUUUUCCUGUCCGUGCAGUCUCUGGGUCUCAUUGUCAUUUUUCACGCCUUUGCAUUUUUUUUUUAUCAUGGACAGUAUUCCUACUCAGAUGGUCUGACUGUCCCUCCCACACUAUUCCUCUGAGAAUAACAGCUUGAUCUACUGCACAGUUUGGAUACAAUGGAAUACUUCGAUGAAAAUAUUUCUGUAAGGAAAUAAGGAAGCCUUAAUAACUACAAGGGGAAGAGUCAUCCAGCACACUUGUCCUAUUGGAAGAUACUCCAGUCAGAUAGCCUCGCCCCUUCAAGUACCCCAGGUGUUUCUCUGUGACCCCGUCUGGUCCAGGAUGUCCAGGCAGCUCUCCCAGCUUCCGACCCCCGACCUACCAGCAGGCGCAAGCCCACAGUUUGGAAGUUGUACUCAGCCUGCAGGCUCCCUCACAGGGGGGCAUCUCAACUCUAUGGCAGGUCUGAAAUCCCUCCUGCAGCACCCCAUGAAGGGAGACCAGCGUUUAAAAAACCCCAGUGAUGCAAAAGCAGACAAAGACAGACUGGACCUUGAUGAGGACUCCUUGGGCGUGUGCCCCAUGAGGAAUGGCAGUGGAAUAGGCAGCAGUAAUAACAGUAAUGGCUGUGGAUCAGGUGGUGGAGGAGGUAGUGGAAAUGGAGGAGGAAGUUUCAACCAAUUUUUGGGGCCUCUUCUGUGGGAUCGCACCCUGCCUGCAGAUGGGGGGCUCUUCCAGCUUCAAUACAUGGACUUGGAGGAGUUUCUGACUGAAAAUGGAAUGGGCAGCAUGCAUAACAACAACAGCUCCAGUUCAGCCCAGAUCCCCUCACAGAGCUCCCCAUCAGCUGUGCCCAGCCAGAGCUCCCAGUGCCUACCGCCCUCAUCCCCACCUGGCUCUUCAUCCUCUUCGCCCUCUUCCUCUUCUUCCCCAUCGCUCAUUGGUUUGGAGGUGGCUCAGCCGCAGAGCCUUGCAGGAGGAACUGACUGUCUGCACGGGAGUCAAACGAGUAUGAAUGAGUCCUGUGAGUCACCCUCUUCCUCCUCUUCGUCCUCCUGUCCACCUCUGCUGACGCCCACGGGCAGCGGGCCAGAUGUGGUUGGAAUGUUUGACAUGGAUCCUUCGGACAUGGCGAUGUCCAGCGCCUCUAGCCAGCAGAACUUCGACCCCAGGAGGCAUUCCUUCAGUGAAGAGGAGCUCAAGCCCCAGCCAAUGAUCAAGAAGGCCCGCAAGAUCCUGGUGCCUGAUAACAUGAAGGAUGAGAAAUACUGGACCAGGAGGUAUAAAAACAAUGAAGCAGCAAAGCGUUCCCGAGAUGCUCGCCGUCUCAAGGAGAACCAGAUAUCCGUGCGCGCCGCCUACCUGGAGAGAGAGAACGCUGCGCUCCGACAAGAAGUGGCCGAGAUGCGGAAGGAACUGGGCCGCUGUCGCAACAUCCUUAGUAAAUACGAGAACCGUCUCGCUGACCAGUGAUGAAGGCACGGAGUGAAAUCACGAAGAGGAGGAAUAUAAGCUGGAUUAAAUUUAAGACUUCAGAAUUCUCGGGGUGGCAUGAUGGACAGAAUGGGGUCAGGAUAAUGAUGAUGAUGAUGAUGAGGAAGAUGAUGAUUAUGAUGAUGAAUGUAUAAGACAAGGAGAAGGUUUGUGUAUUGAAGCUCAGGUGUCUUGUUUUGUUGAGGUGUCAGCUCUUAAAAGUGAUGGAUGGAGAGAAUAAUUUAACAGAUGAAAGAUGUGACUUUUAAGAGUUUUGUUAUUGGAGAAUUGUAUAUUUUUAUAAUACUUCUGAAAAAUUAGAGGGAGAGCAAAUUUGGAGAAUAAUUUUGUAUAUUUUCUACAUGACUGGGACAUAGAGAUGGGGGGAAGCUAUGGUAAAUAUCUUUUUAUUAUAGACGAGUCAGGAGAUGUUUGACAGGUGGUCAGCCAUCGAUGGGUAUUUUUCAACUUGAUUAUCGUAGUCAGGAUGCAGCAGCAGGGGCGAGGACGCAUGUAACAAUUGUAAUAUAGAGAGCAAAAUUAUCUUAAAAUCGUAUAGUUCAGCAUUUUUGUGGAUUUUACUCAAGCACUUAAUUUUUUUCCUGUUAUGUUUCUGUCACUGGGAAUGGGCAUGCUCGCGAGAGGCAGAAUGAGAGACAUGAGUAGACACCAUGUAAACAGUCCAGCACUACCCUCAACACUUGUCUUGUUCAGUCUUGUGUGUUCUUCUUUAAUACUUCACCCUUUUUUUAACUGACUUCAGUUCCCCAACAAUACGUGUACCUCGAGGUUAUAUAUGAGAUUGGUACAUCUGUCUCUGGUCCAUACUCGUAUCUUUGACUCUAUCUUUUAUUUUUUAUUUUUUUGCUCAGUCCCAGUGGAGUGCUUUCAAUCUACUCUGGUCUUUUUCAUAUCUCACCUAAGCUGGUGAGAGUCUGUUUUGAUGCCCCGGGUAACUCUGCUCCUCUUGAUCCUCUAUUUGAAUUGUUGGGACAUUUCUCGUCCUCUGUUUCUAAAUUCAGCUGCUCUAUUUCUGUCUUCAAUCCCCUCGCAGUUAUGUGCAAACUCUUCCCAUAACAUUUUGUCCCUGUGUCUCUCUUGUACCUCGACAGUACAUAGAGAUAGUCAAAUCUCAGUGUUGUAAUGUAUUCUGAAAUAGUAAUCAACCUUCCCAGUAAAACGCACAUCGUUACUUUACUGUACUUUAUGAACACACUUUAAUUAGCAUUAUUACGGGGGGAGAAAUAUUGUGUAUAUUGGAUAGGCCUAUACUAUUUUGUGUAUUUGAUGUAUUCCAGGAGAUGGGUCGAGUACCCCCAUUGAGUGGAAUGGUGUUAAUUUCUCAGAUUUCUGGGAGAAAUAAAAGCCAAAAUUUCCUAUGUCGAUCCACAAAGCUUGUUGCUAUUUAGUGCUUUUUUCAAUACUGCUCCUUCCUUACUGUUUACUCCUGUUAUUACUCCUUACUUUUUACUGUAUCUAUAAACUUCUCUGUGUACCCACAUCACCUGCACAGGGGCAUGGUACACUAUGUUAUGUUCCUGGGGGGAGGGGUGACUAGUAAUAGAGUGUGAUUUUAAUCCCCUUAAUGACCAUGAUGAAUAGUUACCAUUAUUGCUAUUAUUAUUGUUAUGAUUAUGAUGAUUAUCCCUCUUAUUGUUGCUAUUCUAUAUUACUGAAUGAUUUUCUUUCUUUGGAUGAACAUGAUCUGUUGCACCUUGAAACAUCUUCGAUCUUCAUUGUUCCUCAGAAAGACAAUUCAAAUGGAAAGAAACCCUCACUCUGCUAUUUACAUCCUGUCUCAGACCUCCAGACAUUCAACAUUAUUCGCUUCUGCUACGGACACUACUGCCACCUUGGUUUAUUUGACCAUGGAUUUCACAAAUGUGGCUCAGUAACUUGAACAUGAUGCUCAUGCAGACUUACUUUAUCUUUCACGAUGACCUCUUCUGUUCCCCAGCAGUGUAUGGACUAUGCACACUGUCGAUAUGCUCCUUGUUGGUUUAUUUCAGCCUUUACCACCUCAAUCAGUGAUUGUUUGCUCUCCCAACAGGAUUUAGUCUCUAAUAUCCUCACAGAUGUGGUUGAUCAAUCUUCUAGUGACUCUAAUUGAACUACAACUGCCCUGCUGCAUCAGUGGUGUCCAUGGUGCCCAGCCCACUCGGUGCUGGUUGUUUGGAUGUAGUUGAGAUUUCCCAAAAACACCAAUAAAAGAUUGUUCUCAUUCA